AUGAUCAUCACCAAAAUAUCUUGUGUUAAUAAAACAAAGGAAAGAUAACGUCGUCGUAAUCGUAUCGUAUCGUAGGUGUAAGGGUGUAACACGCAGGAGCACAAUUUUACUAAACUUUUAUUUGAAAGUGAAGAAGUUAGCCCACACGCCCAGGGUAUUAUGUGUUUCCAUUUGUUUAUGUUCAUUGCGAGUCUCUAACUAAAAUUGUAUAUGUGUAUGGCCAACGCUUUACGACUGUUGUAUUGACUGUAAAAUUCAUAAAUUGGCAGCCAAAGUGACGUCAAACAAUUCAAGUUCGUAUAGUUCAGUGAUUUUAUUUUCUCCGAGUGUUUACAAUCGGGCUAUGGUCCGGCACGUAACAAAAUAUCGACAGUGCAGAAAGUUACUUCGACUCCGACUAUCUUCACAAGAUGUCAUUAAAUUUUAAGUAAGUACACAGACUGUUCAGUUGUCGUUAAAAAUAAUAAGCGUUGAGUUUUAAUGUAUAAAAUGAUAAUAAUUUAAAAAAAUAUAGUAAAAACUAUGAAUGACGACCGGGCGUAAAGGUGUAAAGAUUCUACGAAGUUUGUAGUUCGUAGGCAUAAACACGGUGAGGUAUAAUGAUUUAUCCAAACUAUCUUUAAUUUAUUGGCGCGGUGUGCUCCAGCGCAGAACGCGGGGCGGGCGGCGAGGGGGGGCUGGCAUAGCGCCAUCGCGAUCGCGGUCACACACCAAAACAUACGGAUUUCUCGGGAAAAAAUAUCGAGCACUUGCAGAGUCCGUCCACACCUCGCUCCGGUCAUACAACUCAUAAAUUAUCGUUUCGUAUCAGCUUUUCCAUUGCGGCACGUCACACAAGUGUUAUGUUGGAAGACAAGACAUGAAGUCUACUGUUGGAGCAGGAAAUGAGUAGAAGCAUACAGUGCACCUACAUAAUUACGAACAAUCCUACUCAGCUGAUCUCUAAUCUGGAUAUCUGUUUUCAUAUCACAGACUACGUGUACUGACUUUAGUGCAUGUUGCCAUUAAAUUAAUCCCCGAAUAUGAAGAAGGAAACGAAAAAGUUUAUGUGUAUUACCAAUGCCCCAUAAGUGAAUACUUUUAUAACAAGUGAACUUUUUAGUGUUCUAUUAUUUUUAUAACAAAGGUAAGAACAACAUUUUUCCAAUCAAGACUGUCGCAUCUCAUCUUACCUAACAAGAAGUUUCCUUAAUUUUACCUGGAGCAGAUGGAGACAGUGUACCCGGCGUCUGCGUCUGCGCUGGCGCGCGGGCGGCGGCUGCGGCGCGCCGACCCGCGCUCGCGCCACCGCACCACGCCCGUCACUUUCGCUGAGAUCAAGGAAGUAGACGAAGACAACGAGGAUGCGUUAGCAAAUGCAGCAGUAAGCGAGGAGCGGCGCCGACGGCCCGACUUGCUUGACGAGCCGCUCGGGCGGCAGUUCGCGGAGUUCCGCGCGCGCCGAGCGCGCCGAGCGCGGCGCGACGAGCUGCGCGAGCGAGACGUGGAGGAGUCGCCGCCGCUGUCGGCAUCGGCUCGCGCUGGCAGCGAACCUUCUGCGCUACAUCACACGCUAGAGGACAUUCGACCACAUGACACUUGAUUCCCCUCGUGUUGAAGGCUAUAGGCCCGGACGUUGAUGGUUUUGAUUCGUAUCGCUCGACAACCAUGAUCAUUAGUUGAAGAGUAUUUUGCAAAUAUUUGUAUUUUGUAAGCGAAGUCUGUAAACAAAAUAUAAAUAUGCUAGGACCAACGAACUAUUAUAAUUAAUACGUAACAAUUCGUUAAUAAGUCCUUUUUUUACUUUGCUCCGACCUGGUCGGCUCUUUGACGGCUAUAGUGGCAGGUGAAUUAAUUUUCGCGACUUCGUAUAAGCAAAAAGUCUUGCGACCCGCUUGAUGGGAAGAGGUCAUCGCAGCCUAUGGACGGAGUUCUAACUUUUAGUAAAAAAACAUUAUUUUGUACCAAAGAUUACAGUGCACUACUUCAUUCUUGUUUGCAUUUUUAAACAUUGUAUCCCUUAUUUUACGAUGAUUUUAAUCUCGUUAAAAACUUAAGGUGAUAUGGAAUCCAAGUUCAAUAUUAAGAACUCCCGUUCGUUGUAGACGUCUUCGAAGAAUAAAAUAAUAAUUUCUUUAGCUUCCUUUCAGUUUUCAGUAUUUCUGGCUAGAUUGGCUAGGCUAGACAGCGAUCUAAGAAAACACAAGUUUGGCAAUCUCAUUUAUUGCGUUGUACAAUAAAUUAAAUAAAUAACACUCUCGGUCACGCGUCACUCGGACUUCAAUAAAUAGGUUUCCUGUACACAUUGCACAUUUAUAAAGUCUAACGUAAGUCAUAGUCAUAACAAACAAUAAAUCUGAAACAAUAAUAUUUAUUAAAUACGUUUAUGGCAGAGGGAGCGACCGCUUUUAUGAUAAGUUGUAGGUACAUACAUUUAAAUUUCAUUUAAUUAACUAUGCUUUACUAAAGCCACUAUUGCGUUGUAUUGUGUACAGUUUGAGUCCAGUUCUUUGAAAUACAAAGGCACCUUUAUAUAAGUCACUGCAAGUAAUAUAUAAGACUUAGUAAGAGAUUUAUUUGACCUAUUCUAUUUUCUAAUUCUUCGAUUCUUCUUGUAAGGUAUACGUUUCUUUUUUAUGGAGAAUAUUCCUUCUGAUAGUUAAGUAGGUACAUGUUUAACAGUAUAGUAUAUUACAAAAGAUUGUUGACAAUAUUGUGUAAUUUGAAAUCAGCAGUGUAACUUUUUUAUUUUGACGUUUUGUCAGCAAGGAUAUCAAUGGAAAUUUUGUCUCUGCCAACUUCCUCGGGACACAUGAGUUGAACUGAGCAUUAUAUUUUGUUAAUUGAAUAAUAAGGGUUUAGUCGUCGCAUUAUCCCUCUACCUAGGUAUUUUUAUUUACAAAUUCUAUCUUAACUUCUAGGGUUAACAAUCGUUAAUUUUGCAAUGUAAAUACCUACAUCGAGCACAUUCGACUUCGAAGGCUUGCGCUAAAAUUGUAACAAUUGUUUUCGAAAAUAUAAAAUAUCACUUAGAAAUACGUACGUACACAGUACGUUCGGCACCUAUGUAUAAAUAAUUAUUUAUAAAUAUAGCUAUAUUCAGUAAUUAUCAAUGUUUUAUAAAAUAACCUUAUAUCAAAAAUUUUCUAAAUAAAUAUUUUGUUACAUUAA